AUGGCGGCGGAACUGGUCAAAAUACUUCUUCAGUUCCAGCCUGAUGCGCCAGAACUGAAACAGAAACGCGAAUAUGAUCAAGCUGCUCGUAGUUUUGUCCUACAACUUUCCAGCAUCUCGGCCUCGCAUUGGUCUAAGGGUGUAGAGACACAGGAAGAUGUACUCACAAUACUCAACCCCAGCGUCAACACGAUAGCAUACGCAUACGUCCUCCGCUACCGCAUAUCUGCACUGAUGGACAAGAAGAGUGUCCCAGAUUUGCUAAAACCUGGAGGUACGCUUUGGGACAGUCUGGUCCUCUUCUUCGAGACAGCUGAUCCAGUACAACUGCGUUAUGUUGGCCAGGAAUGGAGGAGGCUGGUGGAAUUCACAGAGCAGAUUGCCCGAGCAGUUGGUUCACCUAGUCUUGCCAUCGCGCCCAUCAGGUCAGCUAUGACCCGUCUCGAUCCUACCACAGGUACCUUUACCUCUACCCACCUCAUCUUCAUACACCUCUGUCUGGAGACGAGAUCGUACGCGGCCGCCGAACCUAUCCUCGACAACUACAUCCACACCCUACCGUCGAAUAUUCCCAGCGCUGUUCAUGAAGGACUCGAGUACUCUGUUCCUUGUGCAGACGUUGUGAGUAGUGGAGAGUACAUUCAUCAAUGUUCGGGUCACUCGGAGAGGAUUUGGCUGCAAGACGUAAUGGAGUAUUAUGUACUGGGGGCCAUGGCCUAUCUCGGUCUAAAGAAAUUUAAGAAGGCCCAACAAUUUUUGGAGUGCGUGCUCAUUGCACCAUCAUCCAACGUUGCAAACGGCCUGAUGCUGGAGGCGUACAAGAAAUGGGUACUCGUCAGCUGUCUGGUCAAUGGCAAGACCGCAGUGGUCCCCCGAACGGCCAAUAGUAUUGCCAUGAAACAAUGCAAAUCUGCAUCUAAAGCGUAUGAAGCCCUGGCGGAUGCGUACGAGCAACUGGGGAACUUGCCCAAGCUGAAAGCUCAAAUCAAGAUUGGCGAGGAAAUAUGGGCGGAGGAUGGUAACAGUGGUCUUGUCGCUGAGCUUUUGAACAGCCAGAUGAAGCUGUACAUCUCACAAUUAUCACGGACCUUCUCGGCGAUCCCAGUGUCCAAUAUCGCCAAUAAUGUUGGCGCCGGUGCCGAUGAGAUUGCGCAGUAUGUCGACCAAUUGAUCAAGGAUGGCCAACUCAACGCACGCCUAGAGGAGACGAGGAAGCCAAACGUUGGGGUAGUCUUGCGAUUCUUCCUCGACCCUGCGCAGGGGCCUCUAGCUAAGACGGAGAAACAGCAGCAACAGGCGCUGUUUGAGCAGACGCUCCGGACGAACCUACUAGCAGAACAAGUCAGGGAUGCUGACUAUCGACUCAACCUGACGAAGGAGUUUCUUGACAAUCUUAAGCGGACGAGUAAGAGACAGGGUCCAGGAGGGGAUAGCAUGGACACGACUUGGGACGAUGGUGCUGAAGCAGAAGAGGACAUUAUGACCGACAUGUGA